AUGAAAGCAAUACAUUUUCAUGUUGGUUGCCAGAUAAACAUCAUACAAGAUCGAAUGGACACUUGUUAUCUGUUAGAGUCAAAUUCAAGGGCGCCUAGAAAAAGAUACUUUCAUCAAGGGAAUCAUCCAUUAAAUGUUUACCCAUUUGAGGCUUUUGCGUUUGGCUCAUGGAAACCCGUGGAGCUCAUUAAAGUUGAAUCGGGAAUGGUGAUCUUACAUUUUAUGGACAAACAAGAGAUAGCUAUAGAUAAAUGUUUUUCAGACAUGCGACCAAAGUCAGAGAUAACUACUUUUGCAGACAUGCGAAUAAGGUCAAGGAAAGCUACUUUAUCUGAUUGUGCAUCCUUCUUACGAAGUGGGAUUGAUGUGUGUGCGCUAUCAAACUUUCAAAGUAGUGAUGAUUCAAAUCAAUCAAAUUCCAAUCCGGUGUGGGCUGAUGCAAAAAUAAAUUCCAUUGAGAGGAAACCCCACAAUCAUGAAUGCUCAUGUGUGUAUCAUGUAAGAUUUUAUACAAAUCAAGGUUCCUUUGGGUCAUACAAAAAUACUUUGAGUAAGGAUGUCCAAGUAGUUGGAUUAAAUCAAAUUUUCAUCCUUCAAAAGCUUGGACGUAAAAGCCUCGAAGAUCAACCAUUCCGGUGGGACUCGUCUGAAGACUACAUCAGCAGACAACAAACAAGGUUGUCCUUAGGAAAAUUUGUUGGCGACAUUUCCUGUCUAGCUUCUAUAUCACUUAUCAAGAACAUGUGCUUUUGUGUGAGAUCUUUGCAAAACAAGAUUCUCUACCAAAUCAUGGGAACUGAUACAAGGUAUUCUGAUUUUCACAUAAUAGCUAUGAACUUCAAACUCAAAGGUCGUAUGUCACAGUCCUCUAUUUUUGAACUUGACACUAUGAGCAUUGUCCCUUUUGUGCAAAAUAAUGAAGCAGAAGUGUUUCCACCAUUACGACGCUCGACACGUCGAAUCAAGGAACCUGAACGUUACUUGGGCUAUUGUGAUGUUGGUUCAGGUUUCGUAAAUCGAACUGGGAAAUCCAAGAUGAACACAGGGGAAAAUGAUGAAAAGUUGGCACCAGUGAAUUACACUUUUGAAGAGGAUGUUGAAACUAGUGUUCAAAAGGUUGAUACAAAGGUGAGUUGUGAUGCUGAUGUCAUAGAAAAGGAACAUCUUAAACCAAUUUCUGUUUUUCUAGCUCAUGAAAAAAUUGGUUUAGAUGCUCUUGAACCCCGAAUUCUCCAAGAGAGUGGUGAAAGUUCUUCCCACUUUCAUGAUAUUUGGGGAUCAAAGAACAAUGGUGAUGCUGGCAUGUGCAAUAUUAAGCUCAGUGGCAAUGAAAAAGUGAUCGGAGAAACCUCUUCAUUUCGUUAUUAUAAUCUCAGAAGCGGUAAGAAGUAUCAGAGGAAGGAUUUGUUUGACUCGGAUGAUAUGAUGGUGGAUCUGGAACCCAAAUGGGAUGGGCUGAAUUCUAAAAGAGGAGAAGAACAACGAGCUCGGAGACGUAGGACCUUAGAUGUAAAUGCAUCCAAGGAAAUGAUAGAUUCAUAUUUAAAGGAUAUGGAUAAAUUACUAGCAAUAGAAGAAGCACCUAUUACUGAAAAAUGGAAGGAAACAAUCAACUUUGGCAAAGGCAAGGAAACUGAGAAAACUCAAAGAGAAGAGCAGGUGAAGGAAGAAGUUUCUGAAAUCGAAAUGUUAUGGAGGGAAAUGGAUGAUGCAAUGAUAGAAGGUUUUCUUCAAGAACAAACGGAGGAUUCAAGUGCUCCAACUAAGGAAGAGACUACCAGAACUUGUGAGCAUGAUUAUAGAUUAGAUGAGCAACUUGGAAUUUAUUGUCAUAGAUGCGGCUUUGUGAAGGAAGAGAUAAGAUACAUCAUGCCAUCCUUUGCGGAACGUCGAUCACGACGACACAAGGAUAGGCAAUGCAAUGAUGAAGAACCAAAGCCAGAGGCUAAUAAUGAUAAUGAUCUCCCUUUGCUUCUUACUAAUGUUACUUGUGAUGAGCCUAUAUCUAUUGAAAAUGAAAGUGUGUGGGGAUUCAUUCCUGAACUUAGAGAAAAAAUGCACCUCCACCAAAAGAAAGCUUUUGAGUUUCUUUGGCAAAACAUUGCAGGGUCCAUGAACCCAACCCAUAUGGAAGCACAAUCUGAAAACAAAGGAGGUUGUGUGAUAUCUCAUGCUCCUGGAGCUGGAAAAACAUUCCUCACAAUUUCAUUUCUUAUUAGCUAUUUGAAGUUAUUCCCAAACAAGAAACCCUUAAUCCUUGCUCCAAAAACCACACUUUACACUUGGUACCAAGAGUUUAUCAAGUGGAAUUUUCCAAUGCCAGUGCAUCUAAUUCACAGUCGUAGAAGCCAGAGAAAUUUCAGUGAAAACUCAUUUGCUCUUCCUGGAAUUCCAAAUCCGAAUGAGGAUGUAAAACACACUAUGGAUUGCUUGGAAAAGAUUCAAAACUGGCAUGCACACCCUAGUGUUUUGGUCAUGGGCUACACUUCAUUUUUAUCAUUAAUGAAUGAUAAUUCAAAGUAUGAACACAGAAAGUACAUGGCUAAAGCCUUGAGGGAAAGCCCUGGGAUUCUUGUGUUGGAUGAAGGGCACAAUCCGAGAAGCACAAAAUCGAAUUUGAGGAAAUGGUUGAUGAAAGUAAAUACAAAACUGAGAAUACUCCUCUCUGGCACAUUAUUUCAGAACAAUUUUGGUGAGUAUUUUAACACACUUUCCUUGGCAAGACCAAGGUUUGUUCAUGAAGUUCUGCAAGAGUUAGAUCCAAAAUAUAUGAAGAGUGAAGCAGAAAAAAAAGCUCCUCAUUUAGUCGAGUCACGGGCUAGGAAAUUCUUCAUGGAUAAAAUUACAGUGAAAAUUGAUGCAGGUAAUGAAAAUGUUGAGGAGAAGAUGAUGGGUCUUAAUAUGUUGAAGAAAAUCACAAGUGGUUUUAUUGAUGUUUAUGAUAGCGGGAAUGCGGAUAGUAUAUUACCUGGUUUACAAAUCUAUACUUUGCUGAUGAAUAAUACUGAGAAGCAGAGUGAAAUCUUGCAGAAACUACAGAAGAAAAUGAACCGAAGCGGAGGGUACCCUCUUGAGGUAGAGUUUCUCAUAACCCUUGUGUCAAUACAUCCAUGGCUGAUCUCAACAACCAGAUGUGCCAAAAAUUUUUUCACUUCGAGCCAUUUGGAGCAGCUAGAGAAAUGUAAGAUUGAUAUGAAAAUAGGAUCAAAGGUGAAAUUUGUUAUGAGUCUUGUCUUCCGCGUGGUCAAGAUGAAGGAGAAAGUUAUUAUCUUUUGUCGCAACCUUGCACCAAUGUGGCUGCUUCUAGAGUUGUUUGAGACGUACUUCAAGUGGAAAUUGGGAGUAGAAAUCUUGACACUUCAUGGAGAACAAGAGCUUUUUGAGCGCGGCAAAGUCAUUGAUAAGUUUGAGGACCGUCGUGGAGCCUCAAAGGUUCUCCUCGCUUCAAUCAGCGCUUGCGCAGAAGGUAUUAGUCUGACAGCAGCUUCACGUGUGAUUUUCUUGGACUCAGAGUGGAAUCCGUCCAAAACAAAGCAAGCUAUUGCACGGGCUUUCCGUCCUGGUCAAGAAAAAGUCGUUUAUGUUUAUCAGCUAUUAGUUGCAGGGUCAUUUGAAGAGGAUAAAUAUAAGAAAACCAAUUGGAAAGAUUGGGUUUCCAGGAUGAUUUUCAGUGAGGAUUUUGUGGAGGACCCGUCCAAAUGGCAAGCACAGAAAAUUGAAGAUGAUGUGCUGAGAGAAAUGGCUGAGGUGGAUAAGUAUAAAUCAAUCCAUCAAAUUGUGAAGAAUGAAAAGGCCUCGACAAACUUAUGA